CGGGGCUGACGGGCCUGGGCGGAGCGGGAGGCGGAGGCGCCGCGUAGGCCGGGGAGGCCGGGCCCGCCCGGCUGGGAGCUCAAGCCCCAUGCGCCGCCGCCUCCCCCCACGAUGUUCCCCUCCCGGAGGAAAGCGUCGCAGCUACCCUGGGAGGACGGCAGGUCCAGGUUGCUCCCUGGCAGCCUCCGCCGGAAAUGCUCCGUCUUCCACCUCUUCGUUGCCUGUCUCUUACUGGGCUUCCUCUCGCUGCUCUGGCUGCAGCUCAGCUGCUCUGGUGACAUGGCCCGGGCAGCUAGGGGACAAGGGCAGGAGACCCCAGGCCCACCCCGAGCUUGCCCCCCAGAGCCACCCCCUGAACACUGGGAAGAAGACCCGUCGUGGGGCCCCCACCGCCUGGCGGUGCUGGUGCCCUUCCGCGAACGCUUCGAGGAGCUCCUGGUCUUUGUGCCCCACAUGCACCGCUUCCUGAGCAGGAAGAAGAUCCCGCACCACAUCUAUGUGCUCAACCAGGUGGAUCACUUCAGGUUCAACCGGGCAGCACUCAUCAACGUGGGCUUCCUGGAGAGUGGCAACAGCACAGACUACAUCGCCAUGCACGACGUGGACCUGCUCCCUCUGAACGAGGAGCUGGACUAUGGCUUUCCCGAGGCAGGGCCCUUCCACGUGGCCUCGCCGGAGCUCCACCCGCUCUACCACUACAAGACCUACGUCGGCGGCAUCCUGCUGCUUUCCAAGCAGCACUACCAGCUGUGCAACGGGAUGUCCAACCGUUUCUGGGGCUGGGGCCGUGAGGACGAUGAGUUCUACCGGCGCAUCAGAGGAGCCGGCCUGCAGCUAUUCCGCCCCUCAGGAAUCACAACUGGAUACAAGACAUUUCGCCACUUGCAUGACCCAGCCUGGCGGAAGAGGGACCAGAAGCGCAUUGCAGCGCAAAAACAGGAACAAUUCAAGGUGGACCGGGAGGGAGGCCUGAGCACCGUGAAGUACCGUGUGGAUUCCCGCACAGCCCUGUCUGUGGGAGGGGCCCCCUGCACUGUUCUCAAUAUCAUGUUGGACUGUGACAAGGCUGCCACCCCCUGGUGCACAUUUGGCUGAGUUGGCUGGACAGUAAGGAAGCCCGUACCUACUCAGGCCUUGGACAAAGCCUCAGGCCCGGGCCCGGCUCCGAUAGGAUGUGGAGUGGCCUGAAGCAGCGGACGGCAAGCUGCACGUUUGCAGCGGCCUGGCCCCCAGAGGCGGGCUUGAGUCAAGACAGGACACAGGGUACCUGGGAUGGUGCUAGCAAUAAACAGUGACGGAGAAAGGCU